GGACAUUUGACGUCAGAAACACUCUGUGCAGGUAGUAGUCCCAUGGAGUCCCAUUUGUUUCUGCACUGACAUCUCCCUGGUCGAUGGGAGAAAUAAUAAGAACCAGCUGGGAUCAAUGGAUGUGCAGGAGUCUGAAUGCAACAACACCUCAGAUCCUCUGUGCUAUGAGGAGGGGUCAGGCUCAUUAGCUGUGAUCAUUAUUCCCGCCCUCCUGACUUUCAGCACGGUGGUCACAGUGACCAGCAUAUUGUGCAUCCUCUGUCAAAUCCGAAAAGCCUCCCCGGAGAGAAGCUCCUCUCCAGCCUAUCACACAAACCAAGCCGGUGACGUGGGUCAGUCCACAAGUCCCGUGGGUCCAUGGGAGAUCCCAGGUGAUUGCACUCUGGAGGGCCUGGAGUUCUGUCGCACCGGCCACUAUGGUCCUGUCUGCAGUGGCACACUCAGAAGAGAGCACAGCCGCACCGCUGUGGUGGUCAAGACACUGGGGGGUUGCUCAGACCCAUCUGUGGCUAAAGAGUUUGUGGACUGGAUUCUGUUUCACGGGGUAGUGUGUAAACACCAGAACCUGGUCCGGAUGCUAUGCUGCCAGACGCAGCAACUACCCAUGUGUCUGGUUCUGGAGGCCUUUAGUCCCGGAAACCUCCUGCAUUACCUAUGGACUCUGAGGAAUAGGGAUUCAAAGUUCUUGGACCAACUCCAGCACUUCUCAGAGAGAUCAGUGUAUUUGGUGGCAAAGCAGGUGGCAGCAGGCCUGGAAUAUCUGUUGUCAGAGCAUAGGAUUGUGCAUGGUAAUGUUGCUGCGCGGAACAUCCUGAUUGGCUCAGGGCUCUCUGUGAAGGUGUCAGGAUUGGGCUUAGCCUUUGAGGUCCGCCAGGGGUUGACUGGCAUGCUGGCCACACGGAGGACAACUGAGGUCCCUCUUAAAUGGCAAGCUCCAGAGAGGAUGAUGAAGCAGCCAACCACUGACCGAAGCGAUGUAUUUUCUUUCGGAAUUGUGCUGUAUGAGUUGAUCACAUUGGGCUCACCCCCAUACCCUGAUCUGGAGCCUCCGUGUGUGUUAAGCCAACUACAGAAAUCAUAUCGGAUGAAGCGACCAGAACACUGUGGAGGAUCCUUGUAUGACCUCAUGAAAUACUGCUGGAUGUGGAGUUUUAAGGACCGCCCGGCGUUCUCGGCCAUCAUCAAGCUCCUGGAGUCCUACACACGUCUGGCGGACACUAAAGACAUCUGCAUCCCAGAGGCCAUGAACAUAUCGGACUACAGCAAGAGGGCAGGCGUGCUCCCUUAA